AUGGAUCUCAGGCUCAAUCUUUUUUUUGUUCACCUCAGCAUCCACUGCCAGGGGAUUCCUUUUGGGAAGCCAACCAGAGAGAAAUAUUUUCAGUUCCAGCCCGGCUUCCUGAACUUCAAUCACGGGGGCUUUGGAGCCACGCCUUUGUUGGUACGAGAAGCCCAAAGCGGCUUCGUGGAUCAGCAGGAAGCACAGCCAACGGCGUGGUUCGCCUCAGGAGGAUACCAGAAGAUCCUGUCAGAAGUUCGCCCACGCUUGGCGGAAAUGAUGAAUGCAAACUCAUCAGAUGUUGUCUUUCUGGACGACGCAUCUUCCGGACUCAAUGCGGUCUUGAGAAGCCUUCCAUGGCAGCCACAAGAUGUGAUGCUACUAACAAGCGCAGCCUAUGCCGUUCUUCCAAACACUGGCAAGUGGCUGCAAAAGCGCUAUGGAAUCCAAAUUCUGCAAGCAGAAGUGCAUUUUCCCGCAGAAAGUGCAGAAACCAUUUUGGAGCCGGUUGAACAAGCUCUGUUGGAACUGCCACAACCCUGCAAGCUCCGGCUAGCAGUUUUUGAUCAUGUUUCAUCUUACCCACCAGCCAUUCUGCCCGUGGCCCGGCUCGCUCGCAUGGUGAAGGCUCGAUGUGCAGAGACCCUGGUGCUGUUGGACGGUGCGCAUGCUUUGGGACAAGUGCCCAUUGAUAUGAAGCAACUGGCUGAAGCCGGUGUUGAUGCAUAUGUGACGGAUGGGCACAAAUGGCUCAUGGCUCCAAAGGGCAGUGGUGCACUGUGGGCAUCACGAUCCAUUCAAGACAUCCUGGAACCCGCAAUCAUAUCCUCAGACAAUGCGCCAACAACCAAAUUUCAAGAUCGCUUUGACUACAUUGGCACAAGGGAUUAUACCUCUUGGUGUGCCAUGGGUGCAGCUUUGGACUUCCGAGAAAUGCUAGGUGGCGAGGAGAAGAUACAAGGCUACACCUCCCAGCUGGCAGGGUGGGCUGGAAGGAUGAUGGCAGGUGCCUUUGGCACGGAAACUGUGGUGCCUUUGACGAUGACUCCUUCGAUGUUUGCCGUGCGCCUGCCAAUACCUUCCGAAUGGCCCACGGAUGCUCAGCAAAGGUGUGCAGGCGUGAUUGCUGGAGGCUUGAUCGAAAAGUACUCCACGCAGGUGAUCUCUUUCUCAGUGCAUCAAAAAUCAGGGAAUGUGACGCAUUGGAUCCGUGUGUCGUCGCAGAUCUACUUGGAACAGCAGGAUUUCCUUGCGCUGACUCACGCUGUUCUAACCUUGCGGCAGUCUUGCAAGUCUCGGGUAGGUGGGUUGGGCUCUGUCGUCGUUUGA